UAAAAUAAAAAAAAAGAGUGCAUUAAUAAGAGCUUUCUGCAGUCGAAAGCUUUUUCCGGUCAUUUGCACAGCCUAUCUUUCUCGCCCGACUUAAUCGUCCAAUCAAAUCGCGAGAAAGAUAAUCAUGGGAGGCUGCGCAAGCAAACCAAAGGAUUUGGACACCGACUGCAAGGUCCCCGCCCCUAUCGAGGCACCGGCCCCCGCCCCCGAAUCGCCAGCUGUUGCUGCCCCUGCCCCCACUGAGGCACCGGCUGUUGUAAGCACCGAGGCCGAGGUUGCUGCUCCACAAGAGAAAAAGGAAGAUGGAGUUGUUGAGACAAAGAAGGAAGAACCUUUGGUAGAUCUGUCUGAACCGGCUCCUGUGGCCCCACCAAAGACCGAAGAAACAAAAGAAGAAUCUAAGGAAGAAGAUGCUCCGGUCGAGAGCAAGCCGACAGAAUCCGAACCAAAGGCUGUUGUGGUGGAGGCUAAGGAGGAAAAGAAAGAGACAGCAUAGAUUAUUAAUAUUAAUAUCGUUGCUGCUCGAAAUCUGAGGACGAAAAAAAACGAUGCACUUUUUUAGUUGAACUAUAAUAAAUUGUUUAGCCUUUAUUUUA